CCACACAUUGCACCACUGUUGUCUCUGAAGAAGUCGCGCAUAGUGUUUUUCCGACCACAUGUAUCCUUCGUAGCUAUAUCGAUCGCUGUGUACUUUUUAAAUUCUGAUGCGUUGGGACCAACUAUAUCAUCAAUUGCGCUUGCUGUGAAUCGUUCCCCCGCACAUGCCAUGUGACAGCCACCCUCGAUACAGCCGCUACAAAUAAGGAAUACACAGAAUACAAUGGGAAGCGAAGACAUAAAGCCCAGAUGGCGGGCCGACAAAUAAGCUGUCUGCCUCAUACAGGCACGACAGCUAAAGGUCCUUCUUCUCAGUAUCCCCCUUGUUGAAGUAGCUCCCGUACGCUCCCGGCUGCAGGUGCUCCAACAGCCUCUCAAGCCUACAUCGAGGCCAGAAAGUCGCGCAAACAAAUUGAAUGAGUGCAACUCAAUCGCUUACCCGUGCAUAGCACAAAUCGCAAUCGCCCAACUCAAGAGGGCGAGAAAAAAAUUGAUCACUCUCCUCAGAAUCUCGCUCUUCUCCACUGAUUCCAAUGUCCCCAUCAUCGAUAAGAUCAACGACACGGCUUCCAACUCCAUAGAAUAAGAGACACCAAGAGUGAUGAGAAAAAGGGAAACGACAGGCUGAACGAUAUACAUCCAAUUCCUCUCCACAAGCUGGUCCAUCCCACGCCGCUUCCACGCACACACGGCCACCAGCAGCGCGAUUGCGAUGGGCGGCGGAAUAAGUGACGGACCAAAUCGGACCCACAGCACACCAUAGAACAGCAGAUGUGCCAGCGACCACAUGGAGAUCAGCACAUAGUAAGCCCCCUCCCGCACAUACAGCGACACCACGCCCACAAUCGCUCCACCCGCAGCAGCAGCACCACCAGCAUCAGAACCGCGUCGGUGCCGCCACCGCAAUAGCACCUCUCGUGUGGCCUGGUGCACCUUCUCACCCUUGAUCAGGCAGUAAGGCAGGAAGACCAAAGACAUCAGGAGCAGCGAGAAAUAAUACAU